AUGUCAUCAUAUUUCGUUGAUUUAAACGAUCGUGAUCUUGAUGAUAUAGGUGAUAACAUUCUAUUGGACCUGAAUGUUAAAACUUUACCCUCGGCUUUACCCAAAGAACCGUCGGUGAGUUUGGAUGACGGAAACUUGACAAGUUACCGAAAACUCCUGUUUUCUAAAUUAGACCUGAUUGUAAAGGGGCUAAAUAGUUUGCAAAGCGAAAAAACACGCAAUGCCGUUAUUUUUGAAGGGAAUUUAGUCAACUUUACCAAGACUUUCACUGAUUCCGUAACUCUGCCUUUGAACGAUUAUUCCGAACUAGUCGCCUUAGAUUUGGCGCUUGGAAGUGUCGAGCUUUCCGUCAGCAUGGUUGGAGUAUUCGUCCAACGCUUAAGAACUUACAAUACAGAAAGCGGAGUUUCCAAAAAGUUGUGGAGUUCGAUUUUGUCCGGAACGUUGGCUAUAGGAAUUACAUGGAAAGUUAGGCUUAAUGAUGCCCGUCCAGCUUAUGGGCACAUGAUAAAUCUCGUUGCCGUCUUAGCUGUAAUAAUUCAAUUGAUUAUGGAAUCAACAGAGAAGACCUUAAUUACAAUAUUGAAGAUGAUCAAAGUUAUCCAAGAUGGGCGCAGAAAUGUUGCCUGGUCUUUCAAUACAAAAAUAGGAAACAAGCAGCGUAAUGACCCCGUUCCAAUGCGGGAGAGUUCUCUCAAAGAUCAGCUUGACUCUGAUACUGUCACCAAAAUAGAUGCACGGAUUACAAAAAUUACAAAAUCCUUUAAGACGUUUGGACUAAAUUAAAUCAAAUUAUGUCCUACUGUGUUUCUUUGUUUCAAUACAUAUUUGAAACUGAA